CUCACAUACAGCCGCAGCAACACCACCGCUCUAGUCCUCGUUCCUAGUGUUGCUUUUACAAAAGUCACGCCAAUCGGCAGGGCCACUGAAAUCAGACGUCAAAAAUGUUUUUCUUCGGGCUGGGAGGGCUGUUCUAUGUUGCUGUACUCCUCAUUAAUGCCAUCGCUAUCCUCUCCGAAGACCGCUUUCUGGCACGCAUUGGUUGGACAGCAUCGGCAGACCCCGGCUUCCCUGGCCAGCGCGAUGACUCGAGCGUGAAGGCACGACUGAUUAACCUCGUCUCCUCAGUACGAACAUUGAUGCGGAUACCGUUAAUGUUCAUCAAUACCCUUAUGAUAAUAUACCUCAUCGUUCUUGGAUGAUCGAGGCACAUAUGGAGCCGGAGGAUGCUGAAAAUGCUAUAACAUGCAUAAUCACAACAUCGACAGAACGAGAUUACAAGACGCGUUUACAGCGCCAUUA